AUGAAGAAAACUAUUAGUGGAUGCUACGAGAGAAACCUCAAAGAUUAUUACUGGAAAGGCAAAAAUCUAAAGUAUAGACUAAGAAUUUUAAAUAAUAAUGAAGAGAAUAAUUAUGAAAUUUUGGGUUUCAAAAAUAUCGAAGAAAAGGGAGAAUUUGCUUAUGUUGCGAUUGAUGGUCAAAUUGAUCGUCCAAAAUUGUUACCUUAUUUUGAUAAUAGAGUCGUGUUUGACGAAAAGCUCCCAAACUUUACUUUAGAAACAUCAAGUUCCGAAAGUGGUAGUGAAUCCGAAUAUGAAUUUCAAGAAAUCCAAAAAAACGAAAAUCAGAGCGUUACAUCGGAAAUAUCCGAAUUAGCCAUUUAUCCGGCAGCAGAACUAAUGCAGAAAAAUACAUGUCUUAAUCACGUCAAUAAAUACAAACUUCUAUGGUUAAGCACUCGUAUCUCUUCUGAAAAAGUUGAGGAGUUAUUACCGAAAUCCUUUAAUUACAAAACAAUAAUCUUUACAGUAAGUUCAAGCGAUAGAAAUGCGGAAAACUUUAGUAGACUUGAGUCAGAAUUUUUUGAGGUUGUUCUUCGUAAAAAGAUUCCACGACUACUUCAACAAAUACGCACUUCUUCACCAAAAGUUGGCAUCAUCGCCGAUUUUAAACUGAGAUUAUUGAGAUUACUUAAGAUAUUACUUCAUGCAAAACCCAUUGAGGAAGAGGAAGAUUUAGACCUAGAUCUAGAUGCGAUUAUUAUCGAAAAAGAUUUAUUGGACCAUGCAAAUAAGAUGCGCAAUUUGAAUGCCUUAAAAUUUUCAAAUUGCUCUUUUAUUUUGUAUGAUCCCCUUUCUUUAACUCAAAAAAUUUUCCCAAAAGGUGGUAUAGUAGCAAUUACUUCAGCCGCUUUGUUGAAUACGGAAGAAGCCAUUAAGCGCAUCUUUGACAUAUUUGACCAACAAAAAAUCAUUCGUGACGAUGGAAAUUGGGAUAUGUUUGUUCACCCUGAAAUAGCCGAAAAUAUUAUUACGGCAAGACAUGUAAAUCUAGAAACAAGACUAAAUCUUCAGUUUGAAAUAAAAGAAACCGCGAAACAAAAUCAAAUAAAAAUAUUGAACCGUUCAAGUCUUUUUGAU